GGAAGGAGACACUGGCAGUUUCCCAUCCCUGCAGGCUUGUGAGCAGUUUACUGUUGUCAGUCACGGGAACUCCUUGACCGAUCAGUGGUUUAAAUGCUUGCGGUGCUCCACCCACUGGAAGAUACGCCUGCCGCUUCCCCGAGUCCACACAAACUUCAAACUCAAACUUAUCCUUGUCCCCUUUAGGACCUGGAUAGUCGAAGCAUGUGGCCGGGCAAAUACCGCGUUAGACUUUUCAGGGGCAUUUGAGGAAAUCAAACAUUUCAUGACAACUGUGUUGCUCUCAUGAUCAGACAGCUCCUUCAGUGUAGUGCGUGCUGUUGAUAUGAUUCCGCAUUGACCAGCCGAGAGCCAGGACUUGGCCCAAUAACUCUUUGACUCUGCUCCCGUCUUGACGCGUUCAUGCAAAUAACCGAAAGUGACUUGACCCAAUGAUGCCAGGGAGUAAACCUCGCGGGUUGGAGCCGGAGGGUCGCAGACAGGCGGUGCUGGAUGGCAGCCCAGCCAAGGAGAUCACCAUCCCCCUGCAGGCCGGCCUCAGGAAGAGAUUGCAGGCGGCCGAGGAAGAUCACUGCGGGAGUCGGCCGGCUCCCGAGGGAGCAGGAGCGGUCUCCGGGACGGAGGCUGAUACCUUCGAGAAGGAAGAGAAGGGGGCCUGGUGUCAAAAUUGCCAGCUCAAGUUAACAGAGCUCAAAAGACAAGCCAUGAAGCUCGUCAUCCCUGGAUCCGGCAAGGAUCCAGGAUUUUCAGCUUUUAUUUUUGACAAGCUUCAAGUACCUGACUCUUCAAAACGAGGUCAAAACGAAGGUGAGAGCCGAUGUGAGAUUUGUGCAACACACCUGAAUCAGCUGCGAAAGGAAGCCAUCCAGAUGGUGCACGCACUCGGCCAGUCAAGUCAGGAAAUACCUGAGCUAUCACAAAGUUCCAUUGCAGUGAGCGGUGUUUCAUCAAGAAUUGCUUCUCAAAAUAUGGUCACCCUUUCAUCACAAAGAGACUGGCCCCUGGUCACAGUACAAGGAAACAGACAACCUGGAAAAUCAGGAAAUGCAAUCUCGAGCACAGAAAGAAGGAAGGGCCUUGGCUGGCCUCAGGCAGGCAGUCUUUCGAAGUCUAGUGUUCAAGUGACUGUUGGUUCCACUGGUCUUAGCAAUGCCCUGAACUCAGUCACCAUUCAGGCUCAGCAGUACCUUGAGGGUAUGUGGAGUAUCUCUAGAGUGAACAACUUUCUUCCAAAUGCCUAUUUGGCACCGACAACAAUGACAGAGUGUGGAAAAGAGAGUUUGUCUCAAGAAACGAGCAUCCCGCCAAACAGCAGCAGUCAAACCUGGGCGAUGGGCCCAGCAGCCUCACAGAAUUCAUUAUUACCAAACCGAAUUUCUUCUGGCACCUCAGCCGCAGCUUCUUUCUUCAUCAGAGCAGCACAGAAGCUGAAUCUCUCUUCAAAGCAAAAGAAAAACCAUCCACUUCUCCAGCAUUCGCACGAGCUGUCAAACAGCAGAACAAAUUUCAGUGGUAUUUUGCAAGUGUCCCCUCCCCCCGCACCACCAUGCCUUUUGAGGGCUGUAUGUAAAGUCAAGGACAACCCAGGCAUUGGAAAGGUGAAGGUAAUGGUACGGAUUUGUCCUUCUCAAGGAGCAAACGAUACAUCGGAGUCAAUGUCUUUCCUGAAAGUAGACUCUCGCAAAAAACAAAUAACCCUUUAUGACCCCUCAGUGAGUGGUCAUUCUGGUUCUGCCCACAGACGAGCCCCAGCUGUUGCUGCUCCAAAAAUGUUUGCAUUUGAUGCAGUUUUUACCCAAGAUGCCUCACAAGCUGAGGUCUGCUCAGGAACAGUGGCAGAAGUAAUUCAGUCUGUUGUGAAUGGUGCCGAUGGCUGCAUAUUUUGCUUCGGUCAUGUCAAGCUUGGAAAAACAUAUACUAUGAUUGGAAAAGACAAUUCAAUGCAAAAUCUUGGCGUGAUUCCCUGUGCAAUAUCCUGGCUUUUUAAACUAAUAAAUGAACGCAAGGAGAAAACCGGCACUCGAUUCUCGGUCAGGGUAUCCGCUGUGGAGAUCUGGGGCAAGGAUGAAAAUCUUCGGGAUUUGUUAUCUGAAGUGGCCACUGGCAGCCUCCAGGAUGGUCAGUCUCCUGGCGUCUAUCUCAGGGAAGAUCCGAUCUGCGGAACUCAGCUUCAGAAUCAAAGUGAGCUGAGAGCCCCUACGGCAGAAAAAGCUGCCUAUUUCCUUGAUGCGGCAAUAGCCUCCAGAAGGACCAGUCGGCCAGAUUGUGAUGAGGAGGAGAGAAGAAACUCCCAUAUGCUCUUUACCCUUCACAUUUACCAGUACCGAAUGGAGAAGAGUGGAAAAGGGGGAAUGUCCGGGGGGCGUAGCCGUUUGCACUUGGUCGAUCUGGGGAGCUGUGAAAAGGUUUUAAGCAAGAGCCGAGAUGCUGGUGGUGGCCUCUGUCUAUCACUUUCAGCUCUGGGCAAUGUCAUUCUGGCGUUAGUUAAUGGCGCUAAGCAUGUGCCGUACAAGGAUAGCAAACUUACUAUGCUCUUGAGAGAAUCGCUGGGGAAUAUAAACUGCAGAACAACCAUGAUCACCCAUAUUUCUGACUCUCCUGCCAACUAUGCAGAAACCCUUACAAGCAUUCAGCUUGCGGCACGAAUUCAUCGUAUGAGAAAGAAAAAGUCCAAGUACGCCUCAAGUUCUUCAGGAGGAGAGAGUUCUUGUGAAGAAGGCCGGAUUCGAAGACCACCUAAUUUAAGACCCUUUCACUCAAGAACCACAGCUCUUGAUUCAAAUCUUCCUGUAUUAGGAAUACCCAGUGAUCCAGAUUAUUCAUCAAGCAGUGAGCAAUCAUGCGAUACAGUUAUUUAUGUUGGUCCUAAUGGUGCAGCACUGUCUGAUCGAGAGCUAACAGAUAAUGAGGGACCACCAGAGUUUGUCCCCAUAAUCCCUUCUCUUAACAAGAAGCAUGACCCCAAGAAAAGCAAGGAAACUAUGAUUGUUGGUAAGAGGACUGAAAGAGACUAUUUCAAAUGUAACACUUUUGCUGAACUGCAGGAAAGAUUAGAGUGCAUUGAUGGGAGUGAGGAACCCAUCCAGUUUUCCUGUGAGCAAGGACUUUUCAUCUGUAGUAAUAAUCCAACCCCUAUGAGGAUGGAGAAUGUGCAAUGUCUAAUAUCACACGAAACAGCACAAUCUGGCCCGGCAACAGAAAAGGUACCGGUACCUUCUCACAAUCUCUAUGGAAAACAUUCUCCAAUAGAAGUGGUGUCUCCUAAAAAGGGCCAGAGCUUGCAUGCUCCGUUACCAGUUCAGCAGCAUAAUGGAUCUCCAGUGAAGAGCCCUUCUCACUCGAUAACAACUGAACAUUCAAAAGUGCAAACCAAAGCUGAAGGAAGCAUAAUGGAAUUAAGUGGUAACACUGGAAUGGAUGGAGUGAAGGAGACAAUCACAGCUUCCACAAAAGUGCCCAAAUCCAACAGCCCGAAAGCACACAAGCCGGCCCACACUACGCCUGCGCCUGCCGUGAGGGAAAAGUUGUUUUUCAAUAGAAGGCCGUUGCCAAGCCCUGCACCACCACCUCCCCAAACAAAAGAUAGAAAAAUCGAUUGCUCUGAAUCUAGUAGUGGCGGUGUGAUAAGAACUCCUCCAGUAGGAAUGAGCCAUCAGGUAACAAAUAAAUCGGAUUCCAUUGUAACUGGAGGUGCUGCUGCACAUUGCAAAAGCAAAUACAAACAAUCCACUGGAUCAGAUGCAAAUUGUAUAAGGUCAGCAUUCAGGAAUGAUUGUAUUGACCGAGAUAUGUUGACUACUACUGUGACUUUGCAGCAGCCUGUGGAACUGAAUGGCGAAGAUGAGCUGGUAUUUACUGUUGUAGAAGAACUGUCAUUUGAAGGGAUUUUGGAAAGUGGUCGACCUGCUAGCAUUAUUAGCUUUAAUAGUGAUUGCUCACUUCAGGCCUUGGCCUCAGGCUCACGGCCUGUCAGCAUUAUUAGUAGCAUAAACGAUGACUUUGAAGCUUAUACCUCACCGGCAACCACUGCUGGAGCAAACAUGGACAAUGUUGUGCCAGUUGCAGAUGAUUCUUUUUGCAACAGUAGCAGACGAUCAUCAAUUAGUUCCUGGCUCAGUGAACUAAGCAUCUGUGCUAUAGAAAGUGAUGGGGCUCAACCCUCUGACACUUUCAUUGUGCAGUCUUGUUACAGUUAUGGUGAGAACACUCUGGGAUCUUUUAAUUUGGACUCAUCUGACAUGCUGCAAGACAUGUGUGCACCACUGAUGCAGGCUCAAAACAGUAACUUGACUGAUAGCUUCUUCAGAGUAACAGAAGCUAACAAAAGCACUGGUUCAAUCAAACCUGUUGUCAACACCGACAAAGGUUCCAGUGCCUUAGGUUUAUCCAAAGUGGUGUCUGGCAAAGUUGUGAUUGGCAGUAAUGAUUCAUCAGCAACUAAAACCAGCACCCCAGUGCAUCGUCAUGUCCCCGUAAUUUCUGAAGAUCCUAUUUGCUACUCUAGUCUUCCCCGGAAAAUGAAAUCUACCUCAUCUGUGAACCAUAGCGGUAGCACAGUAGAUUGUGGAGAUACUCUACAGCAAGAAAUCGAGUCUGAGGAUCCUUGGUUACAACGCACAAGUGGCCACUCAGAGCCAAAAGCUGAGGAUCAAGCACUUUCUGUCAAGUUUGCUCCCAAAUCUGCUUCUCACAGUCAAAUCAAACAGCAAAUGAAAACAUCCCAUAAUACUGGAACUAUUCCUCGGCUUAACAAGUCUCAUACACCUGCUUCCUGUACACAACGGGUUGUUUAUGGAUGUGAAAUGGUGAAUAAAUCUGAUGGAUUCAACAAUGCCAUUGGUGCAAACACAAGAAAAAAUGAUGCGCCAGCUAAGGUAUCACAAGUGAAAAAAGGAAAUGCAAUGGUUGCUACAAUGCCAAUAAUGCACACCAGUGUUAAUACUGGAGCUAUACCCAAAGACCAACCAGAUUUUGCUUCAGUGACAAGCAGCUUAAAAUCAGCUUCAUGCAAGAAAACUUCAGUGCCCAAAACAAGCUUGCUACCAAGGCUCAAUGGGAUACCUCCAGCUCCCCCAGUCCGUAAAUCCAGUCUAGAGCAAAGAAACAGAGUUACUCCACAAACUAAUGCUCAAAAAUGUACCAGUCCAGAGGUAGUUAAUGUAUCACCAUCAAAAUUAGAGGAUGAAAUAGAUGGGAGACUAAAUGUUGCUUCUUGUAUUGUUGAAGGUAACAACAGCAGAUCAACAAACAUAAAGUCUGACCACAUGUUUGUUAAAAACAUUUCAAGCUCAAAAUCCCGAAUGCCUAAACCUGAGUCCGUGCAUCGCUGUGGGAGUCUGCAAUCACUUGAGAGAUGUGAUAGUCUUACAUCAGUUGGAUCCAAACAUAGCAUGUCUAAGGAAAGUGGCCACCUCGUCAACAACAGUAGAGCAGGCCGAUCAGUACCGAGGCUUGGUGUGUCACCAUCAGCUCCAGUAAUGUCCACUCCGACCGUUCCUGUCGUCCCUGCUACUGGGAAAUCCAAUCAAACCAAAAGUACUUCCACUAAUAAGGUGAUGGUGUCAGGAAAUAAAUGCCGAAGCCUUUCUACAAGUGGUGUGAAAGGGUUAAGCACAUCGGUUAAAUCAUUAACCCAAUCAAUGGGUCGAAGUUCCAGUGUGCCAUCAAAUGGAAAAACAAUACCUCGUUCAACACAGGUAGCAAUGUGCAAACCUGGUAAAGGAACUAUCAUGGGAACAAAGCAAGCCGUCAGGGCAGCAAACAGCCGUGUCUCUGAACUAGCUUCUGGGGCGUCCUCCAGUAAAGUGGGCCACUUGAGAGGAUCCACUGACUCUGACAGUGGGAAUGACAGUGGGGUCAACCUCAGCGAUGAAAUAUCACAGAUUCCAGUCUUGCCUUCUCCAUACAGUAAAAUAACUGCACCAAGGAGACCUCAACGCUACAGCAGCGGGCAUGGUAGUGACAACAGCAGUGUUCUUAGUGGAGAGCUGCCUCCAGCCAUGGGAAGAACAGCUCUUUUUUAUCAUAGUGGUGGCAGCAGUGGCUAUGAAAGUAUGAUACGUGACAGUGAAGCUACAGGGAGUGCAUCAUCUGCACAUGAUUCCAUGAGUGAAAGUGGAAUGUCUUCAUCUGGUCGUAACAGAAGUUCAAAGUCCCCCAAAAAACGGAUGGCUGGUACUCAGCGCCGUCGGCUGAUUCCAGCCCCUCUGCCUGACACUUCAUCCUUGGGACGAAAGCCAGUGGGCACCACUGGGCAGUGGGUGGACCUGCCACCUCUGCCAGGCACCCUGAAGGAGUCAUUUGAAAUUAAGGUUUACGAGAUUGACGAUGUGGAACGGUUACAGAGACACAGGCAGGAGGAAAAUGAGGAACCUUUCCAAGACGUUGAUAAGGGCUUGUUGUACUUUAAUACAAAACUGAAGAUCUUGGAGAAACGACAGCAGAGAAUAAGAGAGUUAAAGGCAAAGCAUGAGUUAUUGAUGAAGGAACUGGAGGAUACAAAGAGCAGGCUGAUGAUGAAUCCUGAUAAAUGGAAAUCAGAAUUUGAGGUUGACCUAACCCUGGAUAAAGAGUCCCUGGAGUACCUGGAGGCACUGGAAGAGGUAACUGAGGAGCUUGAACAUCGUGUCAACCUAUGCAAGGCAAGGAUCAUGAUGGUGACCUGUUUUGAUAUUGGCAUGAUCACUGAAGUGAUUGAUGGACCGAGGGAAGUGCAAGUAUAAAGAUGGCCACUGAUGAGAGAGCAUAAGAUCUGGAUCAUUUUACAAUGAAAGCAGGCAAUGUAUGAAGCAAAAGGAUGUUAAGGAAUUCUGUUUGAGGGAAGGAUGGUGAUAUAGAGACAAAGGAAGGUGGUGGAGAAUGUUGAGAGAGAGCUGAUGUGGUGACAAUGAAUCUUGAUGUUGAGUUCUGUAAAUCAAUACAGUGCCUCAGAGCUUAAAUAGAAUGAAAGCUUAAACUGUUCAUGCGAACAAUUUCCUUUCCCUGAAGGAAGAAAGAAGGCAACAUAAACCAAGAAGAACAAAGAACUGAAAAAACCUUAAAGUGCCUUUUUGAUUAACUUGAUUUAUUUACAUUGGUGCUAGUAAAGAAACCAGCAAACCUAAGUAAACACUGAAACAAAAUGCUUAUUUUAUACUGUAUAUUGUAUUUAUAUGACAUAUGUAAAAAAUUCAUUGUAGCAAAGCAAUAAGUAAAUUAUGUUCACAUCUCUGACUUUGCCUUCUUGUUUAGAGAGCCAGUUAUAUGUUUUCAAUUUUGGAAUAUUCCCACAUGCAUAAAUAUUUCAUAGUAUUCUGUUUUAUCAGUGUUUUUUAAAAAUGUUAUUAAUUGAGGCAUAUUAUAAAACGUAGUAAUUUUUUGGGAGAUUUUUAUAUCAAAUCUUGUUUGUUUUUGGGUGACUUCUUCGUACACAUCGCUUUUGAUGCAGAAGGGCAGAAUGAGAUUCCUAGUUUUUUAAAGCAAUUAUAAAUAAAUCAGUAAAGAGGUCACUGUGCCAAAUAUUGUGAACUGGGGCUAACAGCAGCAAUCCAGUGUAGCCACAGAGUGACCCUUCAUAUGAAUCCACUAUUGUAAGUUAUCAAUGAUCAAAUUUAUAUACUCUUUUUUAGAAACCAAAAACAGGUUUACAAAAUGAUAACAUUAUUGAUUUAUGAAAGGUUUGAUUAUGUCAAUUAAAAAAAAUACAUCUCAGGAUUUCUUCAAAAAGAAACAAAUUUGAUAGAAGAGCUAUUUGAACACACCAUAAAAGUAUGUGUAAGUUUUCUCUUUCUUUUUAUUACUGGAUAACAGCUAUUAUUACAAGGAAUUAUUGCCAAGCAAAAAUGAUUUUAUGUGAAGAAAUAAUAAAUACAGUAUGACAAUUCAUUGUGAAUGGUAUUUUCUCACCAUUUUAUUUGUGAAGGUUUUUUUUCCAGAAUCUUUGUAUAAAUGUAUAUUAUGCUUGUUGCAUUAGCUUUUAUCUGUGAAUAAAUGACAUGUCC